ACAAAAUUACUUUUUCACAAGAUGGCACUGAAAGCAGAGAAGGAAGCUCCUGCCACUCCUAAAGCCAAAGCCAAGGCUUUGAAGGCCAAGAAGGCAGUGUUGAAAGGUGUCCACAGCCACAAAAAACAGAAGAUCUACAUGUCACCAACCUUCCAGUGGCCCAAGACACUGCGACUCCAGAGGCAACCCAAAUAUCCUCGGAAGAGCACCCCCAGGAGAAAUGAACUUGACCACUAUGCUGUCAUUAAGUUUCUGCUGACCACUGAGCCGGCCAUGAAGAAGAUAGAAGACAACAACAACAUGCUUGUGUUCACUAAGGACGUUAAAGCCAACAAGCACCAAAUCAAACAGGCUGUGAAGAAGCUCUAUAACAUUGACGUGGCCCAAUUCAACACCCUGAUUCGGCCUGAUGGAGAGAAGAAGGCAUAUGUUCAGCCAUCUCCUGAUUAUGAUGCUUUGGAUGUUGCCAACAAAAUUGGGAUCAUCUAAACUGAGUCCAGCUGGCUAAUUCUAAAUAUAUGUAUAUCUUUUCACC